AUGGUUGCUACCACAGCUCACCACUUUGCUCAGAGUGGCUGCAAAAAGAGGGAGUGGGAGAGGGGAGAUCAGGAUGGUGUUAAUGUGAUGGUAGACCACAAUCUUGUCUCCAACCCCAAGAGUUGCUUUGGAUCCAGGGACGAUAAAACUAUCAAAGGACCAUAUGAGGCAGGCAGCCGACAUGGAUAUGAGGGCUCCAGCGGGAGGGGAGUCAAUGGGGAGGUUCACAUUGGCUCCUCCAGAAACAAUGGUGUUAUAAGAGUUGCAGGAGGACAUGACCGUACUGAGGGAAGGAAUGUCAGAAUCCAACCAUUGGGCGAUUUCAACGUAGGGCGCUGUGGGUACAACAAGUGCAGCGGAGAGAAAUUGAUCUACUACACAGUUGGGUCUUUGCUGCCUGCUGCCUCGCUUGGGAACAAGAUGAAAGAUCCGCAAAAGCGGAUGAAGCAGAUCGGAUGCGAAACGUACGGAUUCGUCGGAUGGAGCGGAUGGCACUUGUGGAUCGGACAGGAUGAAAAGUGGGAGAAAGUUACAUCCAUCAGUAACAAGAAAAUGCGUGUGAGUGUUGGAUGGAUGUCAGAUGGACGCCUGAUGCAUCGGAAAAGUGGUGGAUAUGAGCCUAGCGUAGGGAUACUCCCUACAGCGCGUAGUGGUUCUGGUGAAGGGCUUUCAGGCCCCACGAUGAUCGUCCUUGCCAAGUUGAACCCAAGUUACCCAGCCACCACCGAUGUCGUGCUCAUUAACACCACUGCUGAGGGUGCAUUCGCAAACAGCCCAUCUCCAUUACUGUCUACCUCCAUCUCAAGCCCUUGGCAAUCCAACAACAUCACAGACCCCAUCCACUGCGGCCAUCUCACCAAAGCUAUCUCGGCGCUCUUGGAGUUCUAUACCAAUGUUUGUGUGCUCGUACAUGGGGUCACUCAGAAGGUGUUUGCUCUGGCUGGGGAGAAUGUGGACGCCAUGCAUGUCAUUGCUGCAAAGGUGGCCGUCAAAGGCCUUGUCAUGCCCAUGCUGAUUGGCGUCAAUCCUCCAGAACGCCUUGCAAAGCAAAGGGUGAUCACGAACAUCACAUUCCACGAGACUCCACGAGAAAUCUGGUUCAUAUCGUAUCCCGAGCUAGUGCUCAAAGUUUUACAUCGCGUGCACUCUAAGAUACAAAUCAAAUUGUCAAUCGUUGUUCCUACACUCUCCCAUCCAAAUUACCGGAUAGUCACAGACCACAGUAUCACGAAAAGGAAGCAGUAG